UCAUACUUUCUAAAACUUUAUGGUUACAAAACCAUUAUAUUUUUAUUUUUAAUUGAAUGCCAUUUUUUCAAAGAAAAAAGAAAAAAAAAACUCUGUUUGACACCUGUUUAAGAGCAUUUUUAUCGCGAGCAAAAAAAUAUUGCUUAUGGCCUGGAGCCCACCAAAAACACAAGCAUCGUCGUUUCCGCAUGCAAAAUAAGCACCGAGCUUUUUUCGUUGCUUGUACUGUUCGCGGGCUCCACCAACACGUGGCGGCCUACGAUCGGUGCGUUUUAAAUUUUUUUUUUUUUUAUUCUGACAAAAAAAAUAUAUAUAUUAAGCAACCUUUCACGGUUGGUGGGAUAAUGAUGUUCUAAGAUGCAUGGUUUGGUUUGGCUAUAUUUUGAUUCAACAAUAUAGCUCAAGUGAGUAAAUAAAUCAACAUUACUCUUUCGCUUAGGGGGUUUGUCACUAGUAGCGUUUUGGACGCUCUCUUUCGGUUAGCGAGGUUGUUACAAGUAGCAUUCUGGAGCCUCUUUUCCGGUUAGAGGGUUUGUUAUUACGUAGCAACUAAAACCCUACGAGUUCCGGUUUCUGCAUCUCUGCUCCUUAUUCCGACAUUGAAGGUUACUUUACUUCGGUCGAAGCCAUGAAGGUCAUACCAAGAGGCUUCAUUUCUCGGAUCAGUCAGUCUCUAUCAACCCGGUCUAUAACCCCUUCAUCCUCCCAAUCUCUUUUUCAUUGUAGCUUCUUUCUCCUCAAACGAUUCAGCUCCGAUGCUGGGUUGCUCGACGUUAGGGAAUCCGAUAUAACCGGGGCUCCGAGUCGGAUCAUCUAGGCGAAACCCGGUGAAAUGUCCCGGAGCUCUAAAAGGACAGGGAUAAUCGCCGUCCAAGUGGGGGGAUGACUGCACUCUGGGACAAAUGGGGAGCUAGGGUUCCUAUUUCUAUCCUCUGGGUCGAUUACAACAUCGUCUCUCAGGUCAAAACUGUUGAGAAAGAAGGAAUCUUUGCGUUACAGAGCUCAAGGUGUGGCGUUGAAAAGGAAGUUGAGAGAGUUUCCUGUGACGGAAGACGCUAUGCUUCCCGUUGGGACUUCACUCGGUGUCCAACAUUUUGUUCCGGGACAGUAUGCCGAUGUCACGGGGAUCACUCGUCGGAAAGGUUUUCAGCGAGUCAUGAAGAGAUUUGAUGCGGCUGGAGGGGAUGCAUCACAUGGUUGUUCAAAGGCGCAACGAACAAUUGGUUCCACAGGUCAAAGAGAUGCUCCGGGAAAGGUGUUCAAGGGACAAAAGAUGCCUGGGAGAAUGGGUGCAGAGGAGAAGUUCCUGGUGCAGAAGGAAACUUUGUAUUCAUAAAAGACGCGUAUUACAAGAAACCAGACAUCUCGAAGCUUCCCUUUCCAACGUACUUAGUACCAGAAGACGAGGACCAGCCAGAAUUAGAACCAUUGGUCGCAGAUCUCGGAGAAGUUGACCCUUUUAUGUUGGCAGAAUGAUGAUGAAAAAGGUCAUGAUCUUGAUCUUGAUUUUGGCUUUAUUUGUAGAGUCACAGAGCUAAAGCCUUUUUAUAUAUUUAUUUAUUUAGUUGUUUGGAUGCAUGAAAUUCAAAAGGAUGAACAGAGAGGAAUUUAGUCUCAGCAUUUGUUAAAAUGGAUCAUAUAUUCUUUGCUUUGCCGGAAUUUGGACCAAACUCGGAACAUAACUGAGGAGAAGUGGACUAAGGGGUUUCCUUCUCCUGUCAUAGUGAGUUUCCUUAAAAUCACUAUAGACUGGUUUAUAUAUAUCUUGUCCAGCAACGUAUAUUCUGGUACUCUCUUGAUCGUCAUCCUCUUGAUGACAAACACAUGACCUUUUCAUUCUCCUCGUCCACCAAAAAACUCACCACCCUCAUCAUAAGAUAUAUAUUACUCAAAUCCACUACUAAGAAUUUGCUCCACGAAACAAAGCGGACACUCUCGGGCACAGAUAUAUCUGUGCCCAUAUCUGAGUUUCAAAAUCGAUGCCGGCGGCUUGAGAGCUUGCCGGCGUCGCCUCCGUUCCGCCGCAACCAUGCUUCUUCCUUUUUUGUUUCUCUUGGAUUCUCGUCCGACUCCUUCGGACCGUCUAAGGCUCACCGGUUCGUCUCUCCUCCCACCAGUGUUUGACGAGACGUUGACCGUCUUCCGUCGUGUUUUGAGCUCCAUCAAAUCUGCAGUUCCGAGAACCACCUCUCCUAGGUCGGCUUCUAGAGCUGUGGAUUGCUCUCUGUCAAAAACAUCAACGCUUACAUCUAUGUAUAAAGACACUCUCCGACAGCACCUCACCCUCUCACCGAAACCGUACCGCACAUCAGCAUACUCUGACGAGUUGGUGACUUGGUCUCAUGGAUCUCCACUCUCCCGCCACCGACGAGAUUUAGUGUCACGACAAGGGUUGAAAUCGAGUCAGCGGCUACAAGCCAGAUCUCAAUUCAUAGGUUACUCUGCUUCUUGGUUCGUCUCAAUCCGUCAGACCUACUCUUCUGCCACCGCGUCCUCUACCAUCCUCGCCAGUACCACCGCUCCUUCCGCUUCACUCGUCGUCACUGCAACCCCUGCUACCAUCCUAGCCACCACUCCCUCCUCACAAGCGGAUGCAAGGUCCAGGUCUGUUCAAUCAGUACGAAUUCAAACCGCCGCCCCCGUGACUCAUCCAAAGUCAACACAACCUCAGCCUCUUCAGCACCGUAUCAAACUCAUACAAAUUGUUUCUGGACGAGAAGUCUACUCUCCGCCGCUUCAACCCUACUGCAGUACAUCCUCCACCGCCAGGACAACAAUUCUGUCGGGUAUGUUUGUUGCAUCCCACAACCUCUUCACCACCGUAAGGUAUUUGCCUGAGUUUAGUUCCUCUCCGUCACGCCGCCGUUAUCCGUACUUCCUCGUCAUAUUCAAGAGCCGUGACCUAAUCAGAAAGACCAAUACUUUGUCUCCAAUGGGCCUGGCCCAUUUUAUGGCUGUUGAGAGCCUUUCACGUCCUUUCAUCCGGGUUCACAUAGCCCAAGUACAGAAUUGGUUCUUAACGGGGCUACAUGGUUUCUUGCUUUAUUAUUCAGCUUCUGGACCAUCUUCUUUGUUCUUCAAUGUCAAAUCAAGUCAUGUUGGACUUUGGUUCUUGGCGAUGCGAUCGCCCAUGGUGCUAACCCUCGAGUUCCAAAAGCUCAAGGUUUUCUCCGCUAUUUCAACGCUCGUCAGAGCUAUUUCCGGCAAACUCCAGUUUAAAGAAAUCAUCGGAAUUGUGAAAGACAUCCGAUCGAUCUCCUCUGGUUUUGCAUCAAUCUACGUUUAUCAUUUUUCUACUUUACCCGCAGUUGUAGCGAAAAAAAGCUCUUCAAGUCUUCUUAUCUUUGUAAUGGACUUCAUGAGUUGGGCCAUCUUUGGGUCCAUUCUCUAUUUCUGAGUUUUUAAUGAAAGUUCUGUGACAAAAAAAAAAGAAUUUGCUCCACGACAAAUCUUUGACCUCAUCAGCCUUAGUAUUGGUCAUCCAUAUCUUCAUCUCUAAUGGACUAUAAUAAACAAAGUUCUGAGAUAACAAGGCAAGUUUCUCUUCUCUGACAACUGAUAGAACCCAGUGGGAUAUAACUUCACCCGCUUCAGAAUCAUCACUCUGAGAAGGAAGAGACAGACGUUCAAAUCUCUCUGUUGUGAAAUCAAAUCUGAGAAUAAAAUUAACCAGAUAGUGCUCUGACUCGGGAUUGAAGACAUCUGAAUCUAACCAGUAACUAUUUCCUUUUAAGUCUUCAUCAUCUGAACCUAACCAGUAGGUAUUUCCCUUUAAAGACACUCCAAGAGAUGAUAUUCUUCCCCGAUUAAUAACAUUGUCAUGAAAAAAUUUCCAUGAAUCAGAGUUAAACUCUGAUAUCUUGCAUAUUUACAUUAUUUUAUCCAUUUAUUCAUGUGCAUUUUCAUCAUAUAGAUUAGGAUUUAGCCAUGUCUAGGUUGCAUUUUGCAUACAUAUGUCUCUAUUAGGUAUUGGAGUACCACAUGGAGUUCUUGGAGAUAUUUGGAUGCGUUUGGAGCUCAAAAGAGGUGAUUAAGGUGAUCAUUGGACGAGCAAUGCAUGGGAGCGACCUACCGGAGCGACGCCAUGAACUCGCUCGCCAUUUACGCUUUGGAGCGACCUCCUAGAGCGACAAGGCGAAGUCGCUCCAGCUCCUAGAGCGACCUCACCACAGUGACACCCAGAAGUCGCUCGGGUUGUGUCGAUUUGAGAGCGACGAACAAGCCGGAAGCGACCUCCUAGAGCGACACCCUAAGGUCGCUCGCGUCUAUGGUUUCUGAGCAAGCCGGGAGCGACGUCUUCAGAGCGACACAGCCAGGUCGCUCGCGAGGAGACGACCCGGGAGCGACGUCUUCGGAGCGAUACAGCCAGGUCGCUCGCGAAGAAACGACCCGGGAGCGACCUCUUGCAGCGACGUGCCGAGGUCACUCCGCGUCGUCUAUUUGGUCGAAUUUAUGAUUUAUCAAGGGCUUUUUGGUCAUUUUAUUAUGCAAGUUUUACACUUUCUAAACCUAUGUUUUAAGGACCUUUUGUAGCCACCGAGGCAGGAAUCUCCUUUCUGGAGAACAACUAGUAAAACUUCUUUUGAUUCAGAUUUCAUUGCUUUCAUCUUGUGUUCUUGUUGAUUUCUUAUCUAUUUCUCUACAUGAUUAAUCUGAAAUCCAAUAUGAG